GUGUGAACGAGUUAAUCUUAACUCCCGAGGUAACCUUACCCGGUAAUCCGCAUUUAUAAGGUAAAUGCCAUCGGAUAUCAUGCCACUCCAGCCCCUGCACCUGUAAUGGCGAGCGCGGCCGCCCCCAGCAAUUUGCCGCAGUUCACCCACGCCAGGCCAGAAGGGAUACCAGAACUGACAGGCAAGUGGGACACCGUCACCUUCCUUCACACAUGAGUCCCAGUCAAUCCUCCCGCGUCCAAGAGCCGACGCGACAUUGGAGUGCAGCUUCUUCCACACGAACCUGAGUCCCGCGCCGGCCAGCUCGCGUGCGCCCGACAACCCCAACAGCCGCGCAGCAGGCAUCUCAAUUCUUGCUGCACCAAUCCGACGGCGCGGCUCCACGAUCAUGGUUGCGCCGACGCGACAACGCUCACGAUUCCCCUAGCCGCUCCCGAGUCGCUCCCUACCUUAGCUGUCGCUGUCCUAAUCAUUCGCGCUCUCUCUCUCUCGAAAACCGAACGUGGCUGUGCUUUUUGGGUCACGCCCUAGCUGCCGCCAUGGCCGCAUCCCGUCGCGGGCAGCCCCCCCUCUCGGUCCGCCUGCCGCCGCCCUCGCCCGUCGUUCCCGCCGAUCUGCCGCCCGUCUCGGCCCUGUUCCUGAUCGACUUCGACGUCAAGGCCGGCUACACCAUUGUCUGGAAGCGGGCCGCGCCGGGGCUUGAGCUGGAGGGUACCGUCGAGUACAAGAGCCUGCCGUCCGGCCUCCACACCGUGCCCGACGACCUCAUCUACUUUGUCCACGAUGGCGGCCACGCCGGCCUCAGCGCCUUCGUCAACACCCCGACCGAUGAGGAGGAGACACGUCACGCCCGCAUGAUCGCCGUCGGCGUGCUGGUGCCCCUCAGCUACGGCCGCCUCGGGAGGGCCUGGCGCCACGCCGAGGGCUUGAAGGAGAUCGCCGCCCAACUCGCCGCCGACCGCAAGCAGACGCAGCUGCUGGAGGACUACUGGGACAAGCACGGAGUGCGCGAGACGACGGCGCUGCAGCCGCUGAAAGACACCCCGCUUGAGUCGCCCGUCCUCAGCAUCAAGGCGAGCCGCCCGGGACUCGGCCGUGGACAUGCCAGGAAUCGCUCCGCCUCGGACGGCACAGCGCUGGUCCCGCCCGGUCACCGGCUCUCGCCUUUCCACCCUGCUUGGAGCCUCACAUCGCUGCUGGACACGUUCGGCCCAUUGAUCUUUCCUAUCCACCGCGCUGCGCUGCUGCGCAAGCGUAUCUUGAUUUCCUGCCAUGCCCCCGUGCAUGAGGUGUGCAACUUUGUGUAUGAUAUCUCGGUCCUGUCCAAUAUACCCCUGUCUGUUUGCGACGUAAUAGAGCCCUCGGCCCCGGUUCAGCGGCUCCGACCACUCUUCACUAUUGGCGUACAUGACAUAUCCUAUCUGCUCGAGCACCAGGCCGCAUUGAAGCGGCCCGCGCGAGGCGAUAAUCCCGACGGGGCCGGCAGCAUUGAUGACACCGGUUCGGGAUGGGUCGCCUGCACGACCGACAGCAUCCUCGCCAUGAAGGAGGGCCUCUGGGACAUGCUCAUCACCAUGCCGCCGCCUUACUCCGCCAAUGCGAAGCAGCGCGUCUGGCCUACGGUCGAAUGCCCCAAGGGCGUGCCCGUGAAGGCCACGCAGCGCGACCUGCGCCGUUUCCGCUCCCUCCGCCUCGGCCUCGCGCGCCUCGCCGCAUCACACCACACCCACGCUCCCUCUCACCCUCCCCCACCACCUCCCAACCCGCGCAGCCCCCGCUCCGAAGCGAGCGACUCUCCCGCCCCGACAACCCCAGCCAUCCGCCUCUCCAGGAAACCCGCCGGCUCCUCCCGCUCGGGGACAGCCUCCGGCGCCGCCGCCGGAGACCGCCCGCCUACCGUGGGCUCACUAUCAUCCACAGCAGCAGCAGCAAUCGCCCCCGAGAGCGGCGACGAUACGGACGCGAUCGUCGAGCCCACCACCUGGGCGGCGCUCGCCUACAACGGCUUCAUGUGGUGGGCCUCGGCCGGCGAGAAGCGCCACGGCGACGAGGUCGACGAGCAGAGCCGCGACGCCGCCCUGCUUGCCGACCUCGCCCCGCCGCUGUCUGCGGAGUCGCCCGUUAUGGGGGCGCCGCAGCAGCGCCGGAGGCGGUCGUCUAGUUUCGCCAGGGGUGGGACGAGUGGUGCGGGGACGGUGGAUGAGUUGGCUGGUGCCGCUGCGGGGCAUGAUGGUGCUGGUGAUGAGCGUGGUGGGGAGCCUGCCGUCGACGGCAGUGAGCACGGUGGGGAUGACGAGGAGGAGCAGGAAGAACGGCAGGAGCAGGAGGAGGAGGAAGAGGAAGCCCAGGCGCGCGUCGAGCUUGCCGUGGUGGCGUACUUCCACCGUCUGACGACCUCGCUGUUGUCCGUGCUGGCGGACAUUGUCGACUCGUCGGACGAGGACGACCUCUUGGACGUGGACGUGGACACCGGCGCCGACUUUGACGGGCCGGCGGGGCUGGGCCAGGGGGCGGAGGACCACCGCCGCCGUGGCGGGCAUCCGGAAGAGCAGGCGCGGUUGCUGGGCGCCGCCGGGCCGGCCGGGGGCGGGAGCACGAGCAGGGGCUGGGUGAGAGUCGAUAGCGAGGCGCUGGCGGCCAUGGGGCUGGAUGUUUGGAGCCAGGCGGACGCGGCCUUCGUUAGGGAGCUGUCGGCUAGGUAUUUCUCGCGCCGGGCGCAUGUCGAGACGAAGGGUUUGGAGAUUUGCGGGGUGAGGGUUUGUUAGUGUCGGCUGUGGCUUGGCUGAGCGGCGGUGGUUGCUUGUGUCUUUUACGAAGUGUAUUCUCUCGCCAUGGUUGUUGCGGCGGUGGUCUCUCAAAAGGGUAAUA